UAUUUUAACUCUGGUCAUAGCUUUAGAUUUGCCCUACACAAAAUCUUCGUAUUUGGGCUUCUCCAGUUGCCCUAAACAAAAUCUCUCGUCUCUGUCUUCCCCAGUUCUCCUGCACAGAGAUACAGAGAGAUUUGUUUUGAAGAGGCAAUAAUCGAAUCUGUCGUCUUCCCCAGUUCUCCUUCUACAUAUAAUCUACAUACGGAGAUUUUUGAAGAGACAAUAAUCAAAUCAAUUAAUUCGAAGAAGAAGAAGGAGAGAAGGAUGGUGGAAGAGGGGAGGAAUAAGAGGGUGGUGGAAUCACUGGGAUGGCUAACGGAAUCUUCUGUGAUGCCAAAGAAACACAAGGCCAUCGAAGGUGUGGGAGCCUCCUCCAUCCUUGAGCUCAAGGCCCAGCUUUACAAGACCCAGGAAGAGGCCAAGAAAGCCAAGGAAUUAGCCGCGGACGUCGAAUUCCACCGCGCCAAGAAAAAGAUCGUCCCCUAUGAUGUCUUCGCACAGAAGAAUUCCGGCGUUGAGUCCCGAGCUAAUAAGGAUAAGCUUGAGCUAAAAGCAGUAAAUGAUGGAUCAGCUAGCUAUGCAGCAUUAGAGAGGAAAGCUGAGCUAUAUGAAAAGCUUGCAAGGGGAGAGCUCUCAGAUGAGGAAGAAAAGGAAAAGUAUUGUGUGGAUUUUUUCCGCAAGAGCCUUGUGCAGGAAGAGUCACAGCAACUGCAGACACAUGAUGCUUCUCCUGGGGUAUCAAUAGAGAAUGAAGAUGACAACAAUGAUGCUUCUUAUCUGCUCAACACAAAAACUUUAGGACCUGGGCGGACAGCUAGCACAGUAGACAAUGAUGAACACAAGCGCUUUGUAAGGGAGGUUCAUGAGGAGGCAAAUAAAGCAAGAGAAAAGGUGUCCGCGCUCAAGUUGCAUAGGCAAGAGCAAGCCACAGCUCGUAGGGAGAAACUAAGGCAGGCAUAUCUCCGGAAACAAUUAGAGAAAUUGAAAGAAGCAGCUGCAUCAAAGACAGAUGACAGAAUGGUAGUAUAGAAACUGCCUUAUAUCCAGCAAGAAAGGUAUAUAUGGAUCUGACUCUCCAAAUAUGUGACCCAUGUUGACUGAAAUUUGAAAAUGGUGCCUUCCAGUAGCACACCGUUCAAUUGGCUCCAUUCUUGAAUUAUGUAUGCAUUUGGUGUCUGUUCUAGGAAAAAGAACAGAUUGUUGCAUGGAAUUUUGAAAAUGGUGCCUUCCAGUAGCACUGUCAUCGGCCUAGUUUCAAAGUAUUUAUAUUUUAUCGUACAGACUACAGAGCAUGGGCUUUUGUAUCUCAA